UGAAGUAAACUUUGUGAAAAUUUUAAACUGUGAAUUUAAAUCAAUAAAAGGUUUUUGUUAUGAUUUAAGAAGUGUUUUACAUUCUUUCUGAUAUUGAUAAGGGGUUAUAGUACUUAGAAAAUGAGUUCCUUACUGUCUGCUGAACUUUCUGCAACAUGCAAUGCACUUGGAACUUUUAAUAAAAAGACUGGAAAAUACAUGAUAGAUGACUUCACAUUAAAUACAGUUAAAGAUUUAAUAAGAUACAUGCGCAGGGAUGGUGAGGAUCACGAAAUUCGAAGGCAUUUAGGACAGACUAAAAUUCUUCAAAGUGACUUGUUACCAAUGUUAGUUGACCAUUGGGAAAACAAUGAACUUUUUGAUGUAACUCUUAGGUUAGUCGUUAACUUAACAAACCCAGCACUAUUACUAUUCAGAGAAGAAGUGCCAGUAGAAAGAACAGCUCGACACAAUUAUUUGCAAAUUCUAUCCCACCUACAGUCUUAUAAAGAAGAGGCGUUUAGUAAAGUUGAGAAUUGGCAGGUGUUCGCUAAAAAACUGACUAAAAUACUGGAAAUUGAUUGGUCUGAACGAGAUGAAGACACUGGUCUAGUAAUAGAAAGGAUAUUAAUUCUAAUAAGGAAUGUAUUACAUGUACCUGCCGAUCUGGACAAAGAGCGGAGACCAGAUAAUGAUGCUAGUAUUCAUGAUCAGGUACUCUGGGCAUUAAACCAAUCAGGAAUCCUAGACAUAAUUCUCUACAUGUCGUCAGAAAACGAGAAGCAAUACUUCAUGCAUAUAUUAGAGAUAAUCACUCACUUGCUUCGUGAGCAGAACCCAACGAGUUUAGCUGAUGCUGCGUUACAGAGAAGUGUGGAUGAGAAACUGAGGGAUGAGCAGGAAUUACUGACUAUUAGAAUGUCAGAGACGAAAGAGAGGGUUAAUAAAGUUAGGCAGUAUUCUUCGACAAGGCACUCAAGAUUUGGAGGGACCUACGUAAUACAAAACAUGAAAUCAAUAUCAGAAAAUGAGCUAAUAUGUUUGAAGCCUCUGAACAAAAUAUCUAACUUAGACUUUAACGGUAGCAAGAAAUCCAAGUUAGUGAAACCUAAAAACAGGAGGCCUGAAGAGAGUGGUGCUAUGGAGAGACGAUCGCCUUUUGCUGUUAGAUUAUUUCUCAAAGAGUUUUGCAUAGAAUUCCUAAACAGUUCUUACAACCCGCUAAUGCACUAUGUCAAAGAUGUGCUAGUUAGAGCUAAAGCCCAACAGAACGAUGAAUCUUACUUCUUGUGGGCGAUGAGGUUCUUUAUGGAGUUCAAUAGAGGACACAAGUUUGAUGUCGCUUUGGUUAGUGAAACAAUGUCAGUGCCUAUGUUUCACUAUGUCCAGCAGCAAAUGGAAAAAUAUUACGACAUGAUACGAGUUGAGAAGAAGAAAUAUCAUGCCUGGGUUCGGAGAUUGCAUUUAGCAUUGAAGUGUUAUAAGGAGUUAUUAAACACACUUCUAAAAAUGGAUAAGUGUGAUAGUGCUAAUGUGAAGGAAUCAGCAAAAGUGAUAAAAAGCAAUGUUUUCUAUGUGCUGGAGUAUCGAGAGUUCGUGCUGGCGACCAUUUUGAAUUAUGAUGAUAAUAAAAUGCCGAGAUCUUAUCUAUUGGAUUUGGUAGAAACAGUGCACUUGUUCUUGAAAAUGUUGGAGCAUUACUGCAAAAAGACUGGUCUGGUUGUUCAGAAGAAAGUUAGAAGGAAGGCUAAAAGUAAAAAACAAAAGCCCCGCCCAAAGCCCCAAGCCCCCAAACCGGAUAUCCCGCAAUGGGAAGCGGUUCGCGAGCAAAUGGCGGUAGUUCUCACUUCGCAAAUAGACAACUACCCUCCACCGUUUGACGCGGCGUCUGAUACACCGAUUGAUCAGCAGAAGGAGGAUUGUAUGAAGAAAAUACAGAAACUGAUGCGCGAACAUAAAUAUGAGGACGCUGUUGGCACAUUCCGGGCGGCGAGAGAAGUAUGGCCGGAAGAAGGUAUUUUUGGUGUGGAAGGAAUUCAAGAACACGAAGAGUUAGAUAUGCUAGAAACUAUCUAUAACACUGACUUGGGAGUUGAAAUUACAGAAAAUGUUGAAGAUGACAAUCAAGAAGAUAAUUCAGAAUAUGACGAAGAAGAUGAAGAAGAAGAAGAUAGAACGACUUCGGUGGUAGAAACUGAAUUUGAUUUCCAAGACUUCGUGCAAAGAUUCUGCCAUCCCCGCGUAGUAAGCGCAUGUGCAUCACUAUUAGAGAAAUACGACAAAAACACUCCAUACACAAACCAUUGUAUUGUGAAAAUGCUGCACCGAAUUGCAUGGGAUUGUAAACGACCGGCCAUGAUGUUCCAGGCGUCCAUGUUUCUGACCUUCCAGAAGAUUCUGGGAAAUCGAAUUGCGCAUUUUAAGGAACUCGAAAAAUUCGCCAUCUACGUAAUAAGGAAAUUCACAGAGAUAGCCAGUAAGAGUCCAAAAGCGUUCAUAGAACUAUUGUUUUGGACCAACUCUAAAGAUGCGAUCGACGUUGAGUGUGGAUACGACCUUUAUACUGAUUCUAGGGAUAAACCAGGCAAGAAUACUUGGUCAGAAGAACAAGAGGAUGAAUUACGGAAUCUAUAUAUGGAGAAUCAGAGCAAUCCACAGACAGAUCAGGACGUAAUAGACUGGAUCCUAGACAAUCUAAUAGACCAGACUCGAACCCGACGCAACGUGAUAGCCAAACUAAAAGACCUGGGGCUUAUAUUCAAAGCACCAACCAAGAAGAGUAAUAAGGAGAGAAGAAUACAGAAAGAGUUUAGUGAGGAAGAAGAUACCUUGUUGGAAGAAUUGUGGACGCAGUAUAAGGAUUCAGAAGAUCCAAUGGCGCUUAUAAUGCCCAGAAUGCCGAAAAAACGACAAAAACGCAGUUUCAUAGACCGUUUGUUAGAACUCGGCUUGAUUCAAGACAAAAAGGAGUGCCGUAAGAAGAGACAGAGAAAGGAAAAGAGCGGCCCUCAAGAUGACACAGACUCCGAAUCCAAAGAAUCGAAUUCAGAAAGAGACAUCUCAAGAAGUCCAUCACCAGUUAGAAUAAAACCAAAGAAGAAAGAACCCAGAAAGAAAGAAGAGAGGAAAAGAAAUAACAAGAGAGUUGAUAUGAGUGCGAAAGAGAUAGCAAGAGUUAUGGUACAGGCUGUUGAUAAUGGUCAAACAGAAGCCCUAACCUGGCUAGCGGAAAACCUCGAAGAGGUAGCCCUAGACCAAGAAGCCGAGGGCUAUGACCCUACUUCUGAAGGCACUCCCUUAGUACCUAUAUCCAAAGAUUCCAUAGACGCUAUGGAAGAUAAAAUGUUCCAGAAGGUUCUUAAAGCUGUCGGAGUUAUGCCACCUAGUGAUGAACAGGAGACAUACUGGCGCAUACCAGCUGACUUACACCACGAAACAAUAAGGAAGCGUCGAGAAAUCAUUCUUAAAGCUAUCAACAAAGAACUCAUAGUUGACACAAAUAUAUCUGAUAAUGAAACAAAUAACAUUAAUACAGAUAUGGCUAAUGAUUCUGAUUCUAAUGAUAAUCAAAAUGAUGAAAACUCUAAUAAUGACCAUGAAAGAAAUAAUGAUAUUAUUAUAGAUAUGGCUAAUGAUUCUGAUUCUAAUGAUAAUAGACAGAUUGAAAAUAAUGAUAUACAAAGAGUUCAGAAAAGUUCACUUUUCGAUACUUUGUUAAAUAAUGAUGAUAGUGAUAGUGAUGAUGAUGAAAAUACAACAAACAAAAUAAAUAAUGAUAGUGAUGAUGACGGUGAUAAAAAUAAAACAAAUAAUGAUGUAUUUGAUAAAAAUAAUACAAGAAACAGUCGUAAAAGAGUUCGUAGCGUAGAAACAGAGGAACAAGUGAACAAAUUAGCGAGAAUAGACGAAGAUGAUGAAGAUAUAUUGUCGUUUGCUAAGAAAACACUCAAUCAAGAGAUUUUACCAGACACAGAGGAUAUUUUAAGUGCGUUACCACGACGUAAUGAUGAUAGCAGUGAUGAAGACGCGCCAAUAAAUAUACCGAAACGGAAAAAACGUCUUGUAGUUAGCGACGAUGAAUCUGACUAAAUAUUUGAUUAAUUUUACUUUUUGACUAAAAAUCAUCAUCAUACAUACAUACAUACAUUACAUUAUUAUUACAUCAUCCUUUUAAAAUGUGAAAAAAGUAAUUAAAACUUACUAAGCUGGUCUUGUGUAUUAAAAUUGUGAAUGUUAUUUAAAUUGACGUUUUGAUAAUACUGUUGCUAAUAAAUAUUAUAAUAGUAA